UUUUUUUUUUCUUAAAUAAACACGCCUAGUUAGCUUGUUCUUUUAGCCAAAGAGAGAAAGUUCUUCUGAAACAACAUUAGAAAAAAUGAACAUUUUAAACUAACUCUUGUUUUCUCACGAUGAAAUGCAGGCAGAUGCGAUGGAGGAGCCCCCGUCGAUUCUUUGGGGAUUGGACCCGAUUUUUUCUGCUUUCGCGCGGCUAUACAUCCAAGACAUUCUGCAGAUGACGGAGUCCGUGCAGAUACCAGGUAUUUACUUCUACAACUCUCACCCCAUCUACAAGGUGGAUGUUCUUGGAACGGUGGUGUACAAGAGGGAGAGGGACAACUUCUUCUGUUAUGGAGUGGAUGAUGGAACUGGUGUGAUAAACUGCCUCUGCUGGAAGGGUGAGCUCCUCAAAGAUAAAGAUGAUGGCACUGGGACGGCGCCUGCGCCCUCUGACCCGGGAGUCUUUGACCCGGUUGUUGAGCUGAAGAAGUUGAAACAAGCCCAGCAGAAGCGCUGCCGCCUGGAGAUCGGAGAACUGCUCCGCGUUCGAGGCUCGGUGAAGACAUUCCGCCAGCAAAGAGAAAUCUCAGCUUCUGUUUUCUAUAAGGUGGACGACCCACUGAUGGCGGUCCAGAUCCAGUGGAUGAUGGACGUCCCAGAGCUCUACAGAGAGUGUUACGACAAAACCUUUGAGCUGCAGUCUGACGGACACGGGGAAUCUGCCGGCACUCCCCUCAUCAAGGCCACUAACCUCAUCAAGGACUUCAUCAAGCAGAAGUCUGUGUCCAGGUUCAGGCCGUAUGAUGUCCAGGAUCUCCUGCAGCCUCUGAUCUUCAACCAGCUUCGGGCAGCUUCUGCAGAGCCGGAGGCUGCUGGUCCGUCUGGAUGCCAGCAGCUUCGACAGCUUUUGAAGGAGGUCCUGCAGAUCUUACAGGAUGAGGGCGUCGUGUACCGCAGAGUCAAAGCGCAGGACGAAGUCUACCACGUGACGGAACAGGACAAAGACCUUCUGAUAGCUGUGAAGGACAUCAUCAGGGAGGACUCCAAAAGAGAGAAGUACUCGGAGAAGGGCUGCCACGUCCUGCACAUCCUGUCAGCGGUCCGGCAGCGGCACAGCCUCAACGUGAGCGCAGCGGCUCUGGAGCUCGUCCUCAAGUCGCUCGAGUGCAACAGUGACAUCGUCAGCACCAGCGACAAACAUUACACCGCGUUUUGACGCGAAACGUCUCUACUUUAACUGCUUUGUCCAGUAUGAUCACUGAGGACCUCCUGGUUGGACAUCAGUGUCUGUGAAAGUCUCCUCUCUGGUGGAAUGGAGGAGCAAACAGAUGGCAGCAUGAGCCUGCUCUGAGGCCUCCAGGCUGAAACGUCUCCAGGGUUUCCAUGAAGCCUCGUCUUUCCGCCUCCUUGGCGGUUAUUGGUGCAGCUUUUCUUUAAAAUAAGUAUUUUGAGCUCUCCAGGCGAUUUAAAGAGAAUGUGCAGCAGCACAGACAUCACUCCCUCUCCUCCUCCUCCUCCUCCUCCUCACAUCCAUCUGUCACCUCCUCAGAAAAACACAGGAAUUCUUCAAGAGCUUUGAAUUUAUGGAGAAGAAAAUGCGGCUAAAGACUGAUACUCGGCUUCUAGAGUGCAGAGGAUACUGGAUUACAGACAAUGAUGCCAAAACCAUGUUGGUCUGACAUCUGAAGCUUUGCUUUUCUUUGCUUUUCCCCCAAAUCCGUCCUGUUUUAAAGUGAUUUAUUUUUAGCAUUAAAAACAUUCACAUGACAUGGUUAUGUGUUUUCCUCGUGGUAUUUUAAAUUGUUAGAGGAAAAGAUAUUUAUUUGUAAUCAUUUUUUAUCUUCUCUCAUGAGACUGAACCAAAAGUACUGACUAAAGUAUUACCUCAGGUAUGACUUCCAUAGGCUAUAGACAUUAUUAAUAAUUAUAAUUUUCCAUUUUAAUAUAUUCACAUAUGAUUUAAUUCUAAUUUGGAGUAAAACAUCCAAAAUUAAAAGCAAAACCCUUUUUUUUAAAACUAAAAACAGAAAAUGGUUGAUUUCUCUCGUUUUUUAUACUCAGAUUAAACAAAAAGCUUAUUAAAAAUGAUUCAUUAUUCAUUUGAUUAGCAAACGUCUUCCCAGCCUCCAUCUGUUAAACUGGGGCGAGGACAAGCCCCCACACUCAAUAGUAGCACGUGUUGCAGUUCCAUUAAUGAACACUAGAGGCUGGUUGCAAAAAGGAACAAUUUCUUAUUCAGUCCAUGUUUAAAAUUUUAACUUCUCCCCCAAAAUUAUACACUGAAAGCUUUACAAAAAGCUUUGUUUUCAUUUGUGUAGCUUUAAUAUUUCUGUGGUGUUUUUUUUUUUACAAGUCACUUGCCUUUUAUUAAAGCUAAAAACUGCAAUAUGAUUUUAAUUGGCAUGUGGGAGGACCAUUAGGUGAACGAAACAAAACUUUAUGGUUUUACUGCCCAAUCGUUCAAUUUCCGAUCAUUAUGAGUUUGGAGAU